CUCAUGUGAUUCGCAAAUGCACCGCAUUCUCAGUGACCAUCAGUAGGAGGGCAGUUUGGCGCGAUUGGGGUGUUGCUGUUGUGGUUUCUGUGUUAUCCUCCUCCUCCUCCACCUCUUCCUCACUCACUGCUGCUGUUUAGCGGGGAUGGCGGACGCACUCACUGAACAGCUAACGCUAGACUCAUUCGGCCACAAUUUUCAGAUAACCAGUAGCACUCUGGUAUCUGGUCAAGUGGAGAACCGUGGCCCGUUUUCUCAUGCCCCCAACAGUGCCUCCCAAACCCCCGCAGGAUUAGGAAUGGAAAGCAGUCAGCCAAUCAACAUCACCGAUGCGGCUACACGCCGGAAGAAGAAACGCAGAACUCGGGCCGCGGACAGUUUCACGGGCAAAUUUAGCGAUCUGUACAGGCUGACGGAUGAGCUGCUGGGUCAGGGCGCUUAUGCUAAAGUCCAGGGCUGUGUGUGUUUACAGAAUGGCAAUGAGUAUGCUGUGAAGAUAAUUGAGAAGAAAGCUGGUCACAGUCGCAGCCGAGUUUUCAGAGAGGUGGAGACGCUUUACCAAUGUCAAGGAAAUAAGAACAUUCUGGAGCUCAUUCAGUUUUUUGAAGAGGACAGCUGUUUUUAUCUGGUGUUUGAGAAGUUACGUGGAGGUUCCAUUUUAACACACAUCCAGAGACGAAAAUACUUUAAUGAGAGAGAAGCUAGUCAUGUGGUCAGGGAUAUAGUACAUGCACUGGACUUUCUGCACAACAAAGGAAUUGCUCACCGGGACCUUAAGCCUGAAAAUAUCCUGUGUGAAUAUACUGAUAAGGUUUCUCCUGUGAAGAUUUGCGAUUUUGACCUUGGGAGUGGAGUAAAGCUGAACAGUGCCUGUACCCCAAUAACCACCCCUGAGCUCACCACACCAUGUGGCUCAGCAGAGUACAUGGCUCCCGAGGUGGUUGAGGUCUUUACGGAUGAGGCUUCUUUCUAUGAUAAACGCUGUGACCUCUGGAGCCUUGGGGUCAUUCUCUACAUCCUGCUUAGCGGGAGCCCCCCCUUCACUGGCCACUGCGGCACCGACUGCGGGUGGGAACGAGGAGAGACGUGUCGUGCCUGCCAGAACAACCUUUUUGAGAGGAUUCAGGAGGGGAAAUAUGAAUUUGGGGAUGGAGUCUGGGCUCAGAUCUCAGCCGAUGCCAAAGAUCUGAUCUCGCGGCUGCUGGUGCGAGAUGCCACUCAACGGCUGAGUGCCGCCCAGGUCCUGAAGCAUCCCUGGGUGCAGGGGAAUGCACCUGAAAGAGUUCUUUCAACUCCUCGUGUUCUACAAAGGAACUGCAGCACUAAAGACCUGACGCAGUUUGCGGCUGAAGCCAUCGCGUUCAAUCGACAACUGUCCCAGCAGGAGGAAGAGCAGGAGGACUUCUGUGCCGUGGUCUGCUCCAUGAGGCUCUCUCCUCCCUCCAACUCCAGAUUAGCCCGUCGCCGAGCAAAGUCUCAAGCACUACGCACCAACACCUGAUGCCUUCCACAGGUGCUCCAGCGUUACAACCCUUCAUGCAAGUGCAUUCUCUGGCAAACGGAAUGGGUUCUUGAACGAACCGUAAAGCAAACACACGUGUGUAUGCACCACAAGCUCAGUGCUACCAACCAGUGGCACAGGAACAGACUAACCUUAAGUAUACAAACCAAAAACAUGCAGCUCGGGUUGAUUGUCUUUCUGUGUAAAGUGAGUUUUGGGUGUUUUAGGCAUCAGGUUUAGGUUUUUUUUUAUAUUUAUUUUUACUCAAUAUUUAUGGCUGGUGGUGUUUUACAGUCGGAUAUAAAAAGGAUGGUCUGCUUUGAGGGAAUUCACUGAUGUUUUAAUGUGAAUGUAACAACAUCAGUGAGGCUUUUUAAUCUAUUUUAGCAUUUUUUUUUAAAACACUUAAGUUACUGUAAAGCACUGGACCUCUUGCUUUGUCACUUUUUUAUUGUUUUUUGUUAACAAAAUUGUAGUGUUUAUAAUUAUUGUUGAGUGAACAAUGUUUUGGUUAAUUUGAGAUAUGUAAAGCCAAGCUGCCUGACAGUAACAUAUCUUAGAAAUACAUAAUGAAGUGUAUCAUUAUGUAUGGGAACACCAUCAAGAGGCAUGCUGCUUUAAUGAGGGUGUUCAUGAGGUAUUAUAGACGUUUGACCAGUUACUUUAUAAGCUCAAACAGUUAGUAAAUAUUGCACAGUAUUUUUGUCUUUUCAGAUGAUUAUAUUUUUUCAUUUAAUGUAUAUUUUUGCAUGGUUCUUGCUAAGUGUCUUUUAGUGUUGAACAUUAUUUUGUUGAAAAUGUGAAGUAUUUAUCUAUGCAUCAGGGCAAUGAGCCAAUCUGCAGCCGACUCAGUUAUUAGGUGGAGUAAGUUUUAUAUUUUUAGUUUGCAUUCUGUGGAAAUUGUGCCAUUUUGGGGGGCAGAGCUCCUGAUUAGCCAGAUUACUAAAUUACCUCUCAGUUGACUUUUGUAUUAUCAAAUUAUCAAACAUGCACAGUUAUUUUUCAUGUUAUUUGUGGUCUGAAAUGCUACUUGAGGUUAAUGGUAAGAAGUUUAGUGGUAGUCCAUGUAUGUGUAUUUAAGAGUAUGUGUUGGGAAACAUUUACAGGGAUGACACCAGAGGGCGCUACCUCAUUUUAAUGGCUAUGUUUUCAGUACUCUGCUUGUUUGAUGCUGUAAUGCAGUGUCUUAGUCUAAAUCCAGAUGUCUAUGGAAUGGCCAUUUAAACCCUAAGAACUCUGGAACAGAUCUGAGGUGUUCAUUUGGUUUUCCAGUUUUGAGAAAUAAAGCAGUUUGCACUGAAACCUGGCCAAUA